AUAAGGAAUGCACAUCGCAUGCAGUUGUUGUGGCAACCGUCUUCAUUAGCAACAACAAGGGAAUUAAAGGAUAACUUAAUCAUUAUCUGCGCUGCUCGCUGUGAUUGGUAAUCCAUAUUUAGCUGAGGCAACGUGACAUUAAGCUAGCUGUUAGCUUCCACCUGUGAUCCGUUUGAUUAGCUUAGCUUCACUGUGUUCGUGUUACUAGCGCUUUAGCGUUAGCAUCAGUAUUAACGAUCAUAAACACUGAAGUAACAGCUGAUGAUGUUACCAAUAUAUUUAGGGUUACUAGUCGUUUAUCGGGACUAAUGCUGCUAGCAGACCGUACAUUCAGUGAACCAUACUGCCGUUUUCCCGUUGUGUUAGCUAACCUAAAGAGCUAAAGAGAUGUCUGCCGUCAGCAGCCUCGUCCCUGCACGAUUCCUCACCAUCACAGCUCACCUCGUCAUCGUGAUCACCAUCUUUUGGUCGAGGGAAUAUAAUGUGAAGGCCUGCCUGCCUCUGGAGUUCACACAGGAGCAGUACGACAUUGAAGACAGAAGGUUGGUGGUGGCACUGGCAGUCACCCUCGGUCUGUUUGCUGUGGAGCUGGCCGGCUUCUUCUCAGGAGUGUCCAUGUUCAACUGCAGCCAGGGCCUCCUCUCCACAGCAGCCCAUGCCAGUGCCUCAGUGGCUCUGCUUUUCUUUCUUUUUGAGCAAUGGGAGUGUGACAUCUACUGGUGGAUCUUUGUCACCUGCAGUGUGCUCCCUGCAUUCGUGGAGUUUCUUCUCUUUAUUGCCGUGUUUGGACUUAAGAAAAAGCCACUAUGAGACAGACUGAAAACUGGUGCCAAUGAAUGGAAUGACCUACAUGCUGCCCUACAUAGAUUACAAACUGUCUGCUGUAACAACAACAACAACAACAACAACAGAGGUCCUUACUGGGAACACAAAGUCAAGAUGGUUUCAUAGCCUAAAGAUUUGUUUUUGUCUGUGUUUUUUUUUACCUUUAACAAUAUGAAUGGAUGCAUUAAAAUUAUUUGUGUUAUAA